AUGGAACUCUUUAUCAAGAGACUAACUCCAACCGAUAUUGACAAAAGAUUAGCAAUCCCAACUAACAGUUUGGUUUAUUUUCCAGGUUUCAGAGGGAAUCAUUCCGUUGAUUUGAAGGUUAAGGACAAAAGCCAUCGUCUAUGGACUUUUCGCUGCUCCAUCCGAAAGAAAAGAUACCUUAAACCUGUAUUUUCUUCAGGGUGGCUCGAAUUUGUUCGCAGCAACAACCUCAGAAUUGGCGAUAAAGUCUCUGUUCGCUUGGAACAAGGGCAUGUUAGUGGAGUGGAAUACGGAAUUGAAGUGCAGAGGAAAAUCAGAUUACUUGGUAAGGAUGUUUGGGCUGAUGUGCUCUAG